AUGAACGAGGAGCUACGGCGUGAACCCACCACUUUGACGCAGAAGAGAUUAGACGACGGUUAUAACCAACUUUAUGAUUUUGUGCCAGGCGUUGAAAACUUGACCAAAAUCAAAAAAGAACUCAAGAGACACGGCCUGCAACCGAUGAACAACUCAAAACUCAAAAGCAUACUGAAUAGCGACCUCGACACGAAUUUUGAUGUAUCAGCAGCAACGUUGGCAGAUGUCAACGACGAAAAACAAACGCCAGAUACCACUCGUAGAACCGAAUACAGCAAGGAUGACAUCAUUGCCUUUUUCAUCGAGGGUAUCCGGUAUCAUCUUCGCAAGGAGAUGGAAGAAGCUUUGGACGCAUCACCAACUGCUGCGGCCACUUUGAGUGAUUUUGACAAGUUACAAAAGAAGCAUAACAGCCAGAAAACUUUGCCCAAAGGCAUUUUAGACACAAUUCAGCAAUGUGUCUUACAAAACUAUCCAAAACUACAAGUGGCGGUUAAUUGGUUCGCUAACCGAUUGAAAUCCUGGGAUGACAUUCUGGGAUAUCAUAAUACAAGCAGUGGCAGUGGCAGUGGCAGCAGCAGUGGCAACAAAGGAGACGAAGAAGGCAAAGAUGGGGAUGACAAUGACAAGGAGGAGGAGGAGGCCAUUGAAGGUGACAGUGACACAAAAACAACAAAGCUCCACGAGACCAUUACCUUCAGCUUUGUGGGCGAUCCUUCGUAA